AUGGCCUCCGCCGCGAAUGUGCCUGCUCCCCCGAGCACCGUCUUCCCUCGCAGCCAUGUCGGUUUCGACAGCAUCACGUCGCAGAUCGAGCGUAAGCUCUUGAAGCGUGGUUUCCAGUUCAAUGUCAUGUGUGUUGGCCAAACUGGUCUGGGAAAGUCUACCUUGAUCAACACUAUUUUCGCGUCACAUUUGAUCGAUUCCAAGGGUCGUUUGACCCCUAACGAGCCCGUCCGCUCUACUACGGAAAUCCAAACCGUCUCUCAUAUCAUCGAGGAAAACGGAGUGCGCUUGAGGCUAAACAUUGUCGACACCCCGGGAUACGGUGAUCAAGUGAACAAUGACCGAUGCUGGGACCCAAUUGUCAAAUACAUCAAAGAUCAGCACUCCGCCUACCUUCGCAAAGAGCUCACAGCUCAACGCGAACGUUAUAUCCAGGAUACCCGUAUUCACUGCUGCUUGUUCUUCAUCCAGCCUUCCGGCCAUGCUCUGAAACCAAUCGAUAUCGUCGUCCUCAAGAAGCUCUCCGAUGUCGUCAACGUUGUUCCCGUGAUUGCCAAGUCCGACUCUCUAACCUUGGAAGAGCGACAAGCAUUCAAGGAGCGCAUCAAGGAGGAGUUCACAUUCCACAACCUCAAGAUGUACCCAUACGAUAAUGACGAACUGGAUGACGAGGAGCGUGUUAUGAACGUUCAGAUCAAGGACAUAAUUCCUUUUGCCGUUGUCGGUAGCGAAAAGAACAUUGUCGUGAACGGAAAGCAAGUCCGGGGACGCCAGAACCGCUGGGGCGUGAUCAACGUCGAGGAUGAGAACCACUGCGAAUUCGUCUAUCUUCGAAACUUCUUGACCCGCACCCACCUCCAGGACCUGAUCGAAACGACCAGCCAGAUACACUACGAGACUUUCCGUGCUAAGCAGCUGUUGGCCUUGAAGGAGAGCAGCGCUGCCGGUGGCCACAGCGGUGGCAGCAGACCCAUCAGCCCUUCUGCUGACCGAGAACUGAGCCGCAACUCCCAGCGGGUCAACAUGAACGGCUACUAA